UUCAGAUCAAAACAUAACCUAUUAAUCUGAAUAUCUGCUCCGUUUCGUCUCAUAAACACUAAAGAAUUCACAACGAUUACUUCUGUAGCUGUGAUCCAUGGUUUACCAUACAUCAUCAUUUCGAUAACCAAUUUGGUUAGUUCUCUAAUCAAGACAGUUUGUCCUCCAUUUUUGGAACCAAGUUCCAUCAUCGUAUGUUCCGAUGAUCAUUCGUCAUCUAUAUCAUCGCUGUUUCAUCUUCGUGACUGAUCAGUACUUCAUUUGAGUGGUUUCUCUCAUCUGUGACAAUGUCGGCAUACACUGGUAUUCUUCAAGGGAAGCUCAACCCACAGACCUUCAACGCAACAAAGCGCAUAAUGAAAUUACCAGGAAGGUUACCUGUACAUAUCAAGCGUAAAAUACAGUCUCAGACAUCAAAGCAAAAUGGUUAUAGAUCUUAUACAAUGUUGAGCAAUAGUUUGAAGGCAAAUACGACAUAUCCACAAAGAGCACUGUCCGUAGGAAAGAAGUUUAUCCAGGCUGGUAGUGGUGAAUGGACAGUUAAGAUAUCAAAGUUAAAGGUCACGGCAGGCCAGCUUGUGUGCGCUCUCAACCAAACAAAUGAUGACAUCCUAAAAAAAAUUAUUGAAACUAAACAGAAACUACCGUCCCUGCCGAAAUUGAAACUGCCAUCUUUUCCUAGAUUUGUUUUAACGCAGCGAGUUGUAAAUGCCCAGAACAAAGACGUUGUUACUUGUGACAGUAAAGUUGUACAGUUGGAACGAAAAAAAAUAACUAUGGACGAGAGUUUUGAGAGGGAAGAGCACAAUUUGGAGAAAGCUGUUUACGAUGCCAAUAAGGAACUUGUUGUUUAUACCGCGAAUAUCUCACAAUCACCAGAACUUGUCAGGGAGAGACUGGGAAUCAUGAAAAAUCAAAGAACAGAAUCAAAUGAAAAGAAGACAAGUGAAGGAAACAACAUCGAUGUCUACAAAAAGCUGGCAACAUUUGCUGCCCAUCUUCCUAAUAUCAAUAAACUGAAAGAAAUUAAUAUUAAAAAAAUAGUGAAGAAUCAUGUAACAAAAGAAACUGAGUCUCCUGUCCGAGAAGAGUAUGAUUUAGAGACAUCAAUACUGAACACCUAUUUGUGUUCCAGAAUGACUACGCUCCCAGAAGAAACUUUGCAGACAUUGGACGCUAUUCAACAAUCAUCCUCCACUCAGCCGGAAUCACAACAAGAAACCGUACAGGCGCUGGAUCCCAUUCAAAUGUCUACCACUGCUCACCCAGAACCCCAGCCAGUUACUAAGAAAGAAAGCAAUAAAGUAAUGAAACUUUUGAGUAAAGCUGUACCUAGCAGUGGUAAGGGGAAAGACAAAAGCGAAAAUGCUGCCAAGUCAACAAAGAUAAUGAUCUCUCAGAACAGUAUUGAUAGCAAAACAAAGGCACUGGUGUACUCCAUUUCAAAUGCCCAAAGUGAGGAAUCCAAAUUGAAGCGUGUUGAUGAAUUCUGUAAGCAUUUAUGUGCAUAUCCUGAAGCCAGACAUUUGGCCAAUAAGAUGCAUGUCUUAUCACCGCUACUGAGACACUUGAAUAGUAGUGAAAAUGAUGACUUGCAAGGCGCAGUAAGAAAGGCAUUGGCAUUGGUUGGAUAUGCGGAACCGGUCAAAGGCAGAGGGAUCCGGAUAUUAUCUAUCGAUGGAGGCGGCACCAGGGGACUUAUAGCGAUUGAAAGCCUCCGAGAAUUGGAGAAAAGAUGUGGCAAACCAAUACACGAGAUGUUUGAUUUCAUAUCUUGCGUUAGUUCAGGAGCGGUCCUCGCCUGCUUAGUUGCCUUUGCCAGAGUGUCAUUGGAUGAUUGUGAAAAUUUGUUUCAAACAUUAACAAAAGAAGUAUUCCAGCGUAGUGCUAUUGUUGGUACGGGUAAUCUUGUCUGGAGCCAUUCAUUUUACAACACUGACGCUUGGAUCAAGAUCUUGAAAGCAGCACAUAGCAGGAGUGAGAUUGCGUUAAUUGACACAGCUGCUGAUCCAACGUCUCCAAAGGUAAGAGUUCUCUUCAUAAUAUCUGUACACACAAUGUUGUCUGACUUGAUGCCCACUGGAACAUAUUUCCGUUUUAAUCCUUACCUCAGCGAAGAUAUACAGUUGGACGAAUACAGGGCUGAAAAGAUUGAUCUGCUACAACACGAUUCAAAGACGUACCUGAAACGUAACUCUAACAAGCUGGAUGCGGCUGUUAAUAGAUUGACGCAGACGAAAAACGGGUAUCAUGAAUGGAGCGAUUGGCUGAAGACAAAGAAACACAUAUAUUACAAAUAA